AUGGUUCUCUUUUCUCUUUUCGACAGGAAGCGUCGAGCUCAGACGACAGCAGAAGAGGACGAACGUCAAGAACAGUUCAGACUCGAAUUCGAGCGAAUUCUCCUGUCCCUCGGUGGCCUUAAUUCUGAUGAAAUUUGGUGGAGGGAUCACUUUCUGUGGCUAAAGGACGUCGGAUAUCAAUUACGUUCACGCCAUGCUCCGGACUGGGUUCCUUCGUGGCAAGGCACAGAUAAAUAUUAUGGUCUGUGCGAGGAUGUCGCCAGUGCAACGCGAACGUCUGACGGAGCACAAGUCGUUUUGAAACGGAUUCAGCCAUCCGUUCAUCCGCAUGAGGUUGAAGUGGGCCAGUUUCUUGCAUCUGAACCCCUCAGGGAGCAACGCGAAAACCAUUGCGUCCAAUUGCUCGAUGUGUUACAAGUGCCAGAUGAAACGGACGAAACCAUUUUGGUAUUACCACUGCUUCGUCCCUUCGACAAUCCUCCAUUUGAAACAAUCGGCGAAAUCAUCGACUUUGCUCUUCAAGGCUUGCAAUUCAUGCAUAAGCACCACGUAGCCCAUCGUGAAUGUACGAAAUCGAACAUCAUGAUGGAUCCCAUGCAGAUGUACCCGCAUCCAUUUCAUCCAUGCAGGCCCUCUAGACGUUUGGAUGGGAACGGAUGGGCGAAUCACCGUCCACGUACAGAGUGCCCUCCGCGAUACCUUUUUAUUGAUUUUGGAAUCUCUCGACGUUAUCCAGCUUCGCAGAGCGCUCCUCUACUAGUAGAGCCUCCGAUUUAUGGAAGGUACAAGGGCGUGCCAGAGUUUCAGACGUCUCAUGAACCCUGUAACCCGUUUCCGACGGACGUAUGGUAUCUGGGCUCCACUCUGCAACAACAGCUUCUUAACGUGCGAACCUCAUUUAGUCUUUUUGGCGUUUAUCGCGGCUUGGGUUUUAUGGAACCUUUGAUUUCGGAUAUGUUGCAAACCGAUCCUUCCAAGCGGCCAACCAUGGAUGAGGUUAUGUCUCGCUUUGUUCCAACAUACAACGCAUUGAGCCCAUGGAAAUUACGGUCCAGGGCAGUCAUGAAGGAGGAAUGGAUUAUUAUGCGACCUUUCCGUGAUCUCUUCCAUUGGCUGCGCUGUCUCCGGUUUUUAUGGCGACGGCUCCCUGCUAUACCAUCAUCACUCACUUCUUUGUCGUUAACAGGCGGUGCAUAUGAACUUUCCUCCGUGGACGCUAAUUUAUGGUGUCAUUAUCAAACUCAACUCACUGUUACCAGUAGCACGCGCAGACCGGAUGUUCAAGGUCGGGCUACGCACCUCCGUGCCAGGCCCGAAAUACAUGACAUUUUCAUGUCUGAAGUUAGCACCUGUGAACGGGCGUCGCUGUCUUGGCAGUCUGGCAGACGAUUUAUUAGUCACGAAUCUAUGCUGCUCAGAAACGGAUCGUGUUGCAUCGAUAGCAGCGUCCUGGAGUGGCACACUACUUGUCUGCACUACUGGUGCACCGCUGGGACUUGCACACCAAUGACGCCUCCGGAAACAACAGCGCAUACUGAAUCCCUCAGUACGGAGGCACAACAUUCGAGGCUCAGACAAGAUGAGGUGUGGUGGUCUGGUCAUUACAAAUGGUUGGAGAAUUGUGGCUACUUGCUGCGCCCUCGGUAUAAACCAGAUUGGAUUCCGUCCUGGCAGGGAACUUCCGAAAUUCCGUUUUUAUGUGAAGACGGGAUCAAACCUCAGUAUGCUAGUGUGUUGGAUGCAACUCGGAUUUCAGAUGGUGAAUUUGUUAUGCUCAAGGCGGUCCUUCGAAACGACCACCCAUACGAGGUUGAGGUUGCUCGUUACCUUGCGUCAGAGCCUCUUCAAUCGGAUCCUAUGAAUCAUUGCGUUCCCAUCCUGGAUGUCCUCCUUCCUCCAGAUGAAGAACAUGACAUCAUUGUCAUGCCACUACUACGGCGCUACUCUGACCCUUCCUUUGAAACUUUCGGGGAAGCCGUCGAGUGUUUUCGCCAGCUCUUCGAAGGUCUUUAUUUCAUGCACAAGCACCAUGUUGCUCACCGCGACUGCAUGAACUUGAAUAUUAUGAUGGAUCCAAAGCCUCUUUUUAUCGACUCAUUUCAUCCCUUUCGUUCGCACAGAACCCGCGAUCUGAAAGGUGAUCCAAGACACUAUAGUCGCACGCAGCGUCCCACCAAGUACUUUUUAAUCGAUUUUGGACUGUCUCGUCGGUAUGACCCCCCUGUCACAAACCCCCUGGAACGGGUCAUCCUUGGAGGCGAUAAAACGGUACCAGAAUUCAAAUCCCUCAAACCACAAAAUCCAUUUCCUACCGAUGUUUAUUACAUUGGUCACGCCAUUCAGGAAACUUUUUUGGACGUACGAUGCACCGUGUCAUUUCCAAGUACUACUCUAAUGAUACCUUUGCAGGAAUACAACGGCUUUGACUUCAUAGAGCCAUUGAUACUGGACAUGGUUCAGGAGAACCCGUCCCUGAGACCGACCAUGGAGCAAGUUAUCGGUCGUCUUGCGAUCAUAUGCCAAGGUCUUAGCGCGCGGAAACUCCGGUCCCGAUUGACCGCAAAGCAGGAGGGUCGUUUCCAAAGCCUUUUGAAAGACAUUGAUCAUUGGCAACGUCAAUUUUUGUACAUUAUUCGACGCCUUCCCGCAAUUCCCCGUCCUAGAGAAUGA